GACGGAAAUAAUCGCAUCUCAACAAUGAUGUAAAUCGUCCUCCUCUUUCCCAAACCAACCAUUCUGUUCCCUCCGCGCCAAGUAAUGUUGCAAAGACAAUAGCGCAUAUCCUCAUAUCUAUCCGGCCGGGACUUCAAUUGUCCACCCCUCCAUUCAUUCAGUCAUCAUGACCGUCUUCUCCCUCAUCAUCAUCAACAAAGCCGGCGGAUUAGUCUACCAGCGCGAAUUCCAGCCCGGGCUCCGCAAACUCUCGACGAACGAUUAUCUCGUCCUGGCAGGGACCUUUCACGGAGUCCACGCCAUCACCCGCUCCAUCACGCCCCGAAUCCCCAUCUCCUCGACCCUCCCCCCCACGGCCGCCACGCACACGUCCUCCUCAUCAACCGUGACCUCGCCAUCAGGGACCUCGACGCCCACAACAUCCUCCACACCGACCGCGACAGCGCACUCGUUCCCGAACCCCGGCACGCCCGUCACAGGGCUGGAGACGCUGGAGACAGACAAGUUCCGCCUGACGUGUUUCCAGACGCUGACGGGGACGAAGUUCCUGCUGUUCACGGACCCGAUGAUGGGGAAUAUCGAUACGGUCAUGGGCAAGAUCUACGAGCUGUAUUCGGACUAUGUGAUGAAGAAUCCGUUCUAUCAGUUGGAGAUGCCGGUGCGGUGUGAGGCGUUUGAUCGCCAUCUCGGGGGGUGGUUGAGGGGGAGGAUAUGAGGUUUGAGGCUGGAUGGUGAUGGCCCGUGAGGGGGUUGGGUAAUGAUUGCAUUGAUGACACUUUGUGCUUUUGUAAUUACAUCUUAUUUUCUCUUUCUUAUUUUAUCCUACUCGUUGAGAUAGCGUGCGAUUAUAUAAUGGCAGACAUAGAUCAAGUCAUCCU